AUACAAUCAGUAAUUCAGUAAAGAUGCUCAUAUAGAAUAUCUUCAAUAGAUACCAAUACAGCAGCACCAGUUAAACAAUGGGAGAAAGACAUUAAUAUUAACACAGAUGAGGAAUUCUGGAAAACAGUUUGUAAAAAUAGCUUUAUCUUUAGUACUAACACAAAUAUUCAAUUAAUCCAGUAUCAAAUUGUACAUAGAUUUCACAGAUUGUACACACAUUUCACAACGAAAGAUGUUCAAAAAGGGCUUAGAAACUUUGGACAGAUGUACUAACUGCAUCCUAAACACACAAGACUCUUACCUUCAUGCACUUCUGAAUUUUUCAAAUUUUUCAGAAUCACUUCAACACUUCCUUUAUUGUGCCUUUUAGGUGACACCUCUCAAAUUAACCCAUCCUUUAAAUAUUCAAUACCUUCACUCAGGUCUCUAGCUAUCGCCAAGAAAACAAUAUUACUUGCUGGAAAAAUAAAUGGAAAAUAUCAAUUACACAAUGGCUAUAUGAUAACUGACUACAUAAUUGUCCUAUAUGCUAUAACAUGUACACAUCAUGGCAAAGCCCCCAGUUACCUACAAGAACUUCUUACACCAAACUGAAACCGAGGCUUUCUGAAGCAUUUGAGGCUUUCAUCAAAUUGUGCCAAAAAACGGUUCAUUACUCGAAGCUUUUAACACAGUGCGCAUUCAUUGGAGACAACUGUGAUUGACCGAAAAUCUGGCGUUACUGGUGAAUGGGGCCGAACUGACUAUCUCCCACCCUGGCCUUCAUCCUCCCAUCCUUCUGAGCGCCGACAACUGGUGCCAUCAUCAGCAGUACAUGUCCACCAAUGAGUGUAGACUCCCAAGAGUUUCCCAUGAAACAGACUCGAGAGUGCAAAAAACCUUUAUUUUUUCAAGAUUUUAAUAACUUGCCUUUUUUAUCAAGUUUGGCAGGGUGGUUAAUAACACAUUUUUCUGUGGUGUGACAAACUUACAUAUUUAAUAUUGCUUUACACUGACUUGAAACUGAAAGGAACUGCAGACAGGGUGAGGUAAAGACUGCAGAAACACACACACAUGAUGAGAAACCACACUCUUACAACACUUACCAGGAAGACGUUAGGAAGAGGUUAUUUCUCCUUUCUGUUUUACUGACUUUCUCUUGAAAAAAGCAGUAAAAAAAAUCAGUGGUCAAUGAAGAACGAAGAGGAAAAGCUUUCAAGGAGGAUUUUUAUGUUUGGUUCUGAAAAGAUGGCAUAUAUUUGUGAUUCUCAUGGCGAUUCAUUUUUGAGACCUUGAUUCAGAAAGUAAAGUUUAGAUUGCUGGAGCUCAGAGAAAUGGCUUCACUAUCUGAAGACGAUUUAUCUUGUUCCAUGUGUCAUGAAAUCUUCAAGGACCCAGUUAUUUUAUCAUGCAGUCACAGUGUCUGUAAAGAGUGUCUUCAACAGUUCUGGAGAACCAAGGAAACUCAGGAGUGUCCCGUCUGCAAGAGAAGAUCCUUCAAGAGAUGAUCCUCCGAUUAAUCUGGCGUUAAAAAACUUAAGCAAGUCAUUCCUGAAGGAGAGAAAUGAGAGGCGUUCAUUGGGAUCAGAGGAGAUCUGCAGUUUACACAGAACGAAAUUCAAAUUCUUCUGUCUGGAGGACAAACAGCCUGUGUGUGUCGUGUGCAAAGAUUCACACACACACGCCUAUCACACAUUCAGACCCAUCGGUGAAGUGGUUUCAUCAUGUAAGGAGGAGCUCAAUACAGCACUGAAGUCCUUACAAGAGAAACUUCAACACAAUGAAAUCAAUAGAGGCGAGUUUGAGAAUACAAUUCAACACAUCAAGUCUCAAGCUGAGCACACAGAGCAUCAGAUUAAAAAGCAGUUUGAGAAGCUUCAUCAGUUUCUCAGAGAUGAAGAAGAAGCUACAAUCACUGCUCUGAGGGAGGAAGAGGAGCAGAAGAAGCAGAUGAUGAAGGAGAAGCUGGAGGAGAUGAACAGACACAUCUCAGCUCUUUCACACACAAUCAAAGACAUGGAGGAGAUGAUGAAAGCCAGUGACGUCUGCUUUCUGAAGGUCUGAUUUCAGAUCAUUGGUUGAUCAUUGG